AUGUUCAGUUUCCAGAUUGAUAUCUGCGAUCCUUCGAAGCGCUUUGGCCGUGAAGUGCCGAAGAGGGCUCGCCAACUUCCCCUUCUGGCAUACUCCAUCCAAGCUUUCUCAUCACGCCAUCAGGUCAUGAUCACUGGUGUUGAAGACGAAAAAAGUGAAGAGUAUCAUAGCCAUGCUUUACGCAUUUUGAUCCCCAUUCUAGAUGACCCGAUGUCAUCUUUGGACGAGAACCUUUUAGCAACAGCAGUCCUUCUGAGGCUGUACGAGGAGAUGUGUGGAUGCGCACGACUUUGGAAUAACAUCCCCGACUUCAUAGCUGAAGGCGGUUUGAGCGAAGCGGCCAGCUGGAUUCUGCUCCGACAGAACUUGCACAUCUCUCUGAUUAAAGGCGAGCCCAUGCAAGUAGAUCUGAAUAAAUACAGACGCUCGAAAUCAUUCAUAGAGACGACUGAUGAGGACUUUGCGAAUCGGAUUAUUCUUAUCUGCUGCCAGGUAUUAGAAACUUUCUUUGGCCCAGGCGCCCAGCCUGACUACGAAACGUGGGCGCAUCUUGGUAAAGAGGUUGCCCUAUGGCAUGAUUCAAUACCAGCGCAUUAUCAUCCUUAUCACUCUGACAUGGAGGGUGGCUCUACUGGUGUCAAGACCGCGUUCCCUGUGGUAUGGAUGAUGAAUCCUGCUCAGGUCAUGGGGUAUCAACACUAUUGUCUAGCUCGCAUUCUGUUGCAUAUCUCUGAACCCAGGCUCUGGGUUUCCAGCUUGAAAACUAUUGAGCAUCGGAUAGCUGCAGAUAGCCCAUGGACAUUCGAGAUCAUGUCGGAGUUCUUGUGCUUCUCACAUCCCGACCGCGAGCGAGACUGUCAGCAUCGACAAUUAACUCAACAUGAUGCAAUCAGGCUUGAGAAAACCCGCGAUAACACCAGUCAAAGGCGGGAGCGCAUUCGUAAAACCGGCGGGACUAUUAAUAAUCUCAACACCUCCGAUGUGCAAAUGAAGGGUGUUGCUAUAGUUGGACUUGGAAAUAUUCCUAAAGCUAAACAUACUUGGGUGAACAGCAUGUGCGCCAAUUCUUUGUCUCGAGUUUCCCCCAGUCUCCUCGAUCCGUUUGACACUCUGUGCGAGAGUCCUGAGCGACUGCGACAGCUACUGAGACACCCAUUAGCCAAGACCGCCGGUGAACCGCUAUUCCGAAUUGACCAACAGACACAUUGUGUUGUGCUCCAAGGCUUGUGUAAUGGAGAUGGUCUGGCGCCCUUGUUGAUCCACAAGUCUUUGUUCCAUGCUCUAUCUCUCCUUCUAGCUUUAGCAGCCAAUGACUUCCAGCCUAACUACGAAACGAUGCACCACCGCAGUCAGGUUCUGGGUUCUCUCAAUCGAGAUUUGUCCCAUUUUGGCGGCGACUCGGCAAUACUACAUACCAUAACAGCCAUUCUCAUGGUUAUCAGCUACGAGUAUCGAGUUCGCGAUACAUAUCCUGGUAGUGCCUGCGCCGCUACACAUAUGCGUGGGCUCCAAACGAUAAUAUCUCAACCUAACAUCUUGGCCAGUCAAUACAGUGUCUCUCACGUUACUCAAGUUCAGCGAGCUCUGCUCUGGCAGGACAUCAUCUGCUCCCUUGCAACUGGUGCACCCCGACUGUUGAAGUUCGACAAUCGCGGGAUAUUUACGCGCCUACGGGAGGAUGAGGCGUACCGCGGCUAUUUUACCUUGCCGCAAGGAUUUAUUCCGCAUAGCCACGGAUGGCCUGCAGAGGUAUCUGCUGUGUUCGAGGACCUCAAUGCGCUAUGUUUCAUCGUCGACACGAUACGCCAAGGGACAAGAGCGUCCAUCAGUCAUGUUGAUGAUGCCAAGGAGGAUACUUUCGCUAAUCCAGUACCGUUGAUGGAGGACUUUGAUGAUGAGGGAUACCCAUUAUGCAACAGCCAAGCUGAGUUGCAGACCCGACUCGUGGAUCUUCUCAGUACAACAGGAAGCGUUAGUUCCCAAAGCGAGGAAGCCCUGAUUUACAGAGCUUGCCUCUUUGCGGCUUAUCUCUGUACAUAUCGACUCUCUGAAGGUGUUUGGGGAGGGUACUUUGCGCCCGAGACGUGUGUCACCAAGAUCCUUGAUUGUAUGACAGACUUCACAAGACAAAUGUCGCCGUGGAAGCUUGCACCGGACAUCACAAUCUGGUUGCUGUAUAUGGCUGGAGGCCUCACUAAGGGUCAACUCUAUGAAAAGCAAGCGGCAGCGUUGGUGCGACGUUAUCGGUGCUUCUACUCAGCUGGCUACAAGCGAGACUGGGAGCUAGUGGAGAUGAGGUUGAAGAAGUUUAUCUGGUGUGAGAACGUCAUGGAGCAAAAGAUGUAUAAUUUCUGGCAAGAAUGCCAGACUGGGUUCUGA